AAAACGAGUUGAACUCCGUCCCACCGAGUCAAAACUUCAUGUAUGUUACCCCGUAAGACGGCUGUACCAGAUCAUUCCCCUGAAGACCUACCCUGUCAAUGAACCAUCCACCAAGUGGAUCAGAUCUUGACACGUGUACACAACGCACGAUCCCACUCGUCCAACAAUAUUAACCCGGUCAGGUAGGGCUGGGCUGGCUAUCACCAUCUCUCUCCACUCCAGUUCCCGCUAGAUACAUAAACACCGAUCGAAGAUAUUUUUUCAGAAUUUCUUCUAAAAGGCUUACAGUUUUGACUCAGACUUGAUUUUGUGGUUGGAAUUGCUAAUUACGAACAUCGAUUAGUUUGUUGAUGUAAAUUUCUAGGGCCGGGUUAAAGCCAAAAAAUCGGUGUUGAUUGAAAGGAUAACUAAAAGCACUGGCGCUUGAUUCGAGCCAGCAAGUGGCUCUAUCGUGAAUGGGGCCUUCUCAGGCGAAUGUUGGGAUGGUACAUUCGUCAUCAAGUUCUGGCAUCUUCUUCCAAGGCGAUAUGCAGUCUCAAGCUUUUGGGAAUUCACAUUUGGGAAAUUCAAUUCCUGGAAACACGUGUUCGAAUAUGGUGCCUGUGUCUGGGGAGAUAACUGGAGCAAGCUCAUUGGUAACUGAUGCUAACUCGGGGCUUUCAGGAGGUCGUCUCCAAAGAAGCGCAAGUGCCAACAACGAAUCAUAUACGCGAUUACCUGCAUCGCCUUUAUCGUUCACGUCAAAUAAUAUGAGCAUUUCAGGCUCUUGUGUUAUAGACGGGCCAUCAACAAUGCAACCGAGUUCCAAUCAAGAUCCGCCGCACUCCCAACAAGUAGGAGCUUCUACUGCCACGUCAUUGCCUCCUCCACAGGCCGGACCGGUUUCACUACCUAAUGGUUCAAGAGUUCUUGGAUCGUUCGUUCAAGAUAACGGCAAUCUAGCACACCUGCAAAAGAAGCCUCGAUUAGAUGUAAAGCAGGAAGAUAUCAUGCAACAACAGGUUUUACAACAGAUAUUGCAAAGACAAGAUUCGAUGCAGUUACAAAACUCCAAUCCUCAGGUACAAAGUUUGAUACAGCAACAGAGACUGAGGCAACAGCAACAGCAACAACAGUUGUUGCAGUCUUUGCCACCAGUUCAACGAGCACAUUUGCUUCAGCAACAGUUGCAGUUGAGGCAACAACAGAGCGUGCAACCUGCAAAUGCAAUGAAACGGCCCUAUGAUGGUGGUGUAUGCUCAAGAAGAUUGAUGCAAUACUUGUAUCAUCAAAGGCAAUGGCCAGCUGAUAAUAGUAUUUCCUACUGGAGGAAGUUCGUGGCAGAGUAUUAUUCUCCACGUGCAAAGAAAAGGUGGUGCUUGUCUUUGUAUGAUAAUGUAGGGCAUCAUUCAUUGGGUGUGUUUCCACAGUCGGCGAUGGAUGCAUGGCAGUGUGAUAUCUGUGGGUCAAAAUCUGGAAGAGGCUUUGAGGCUACUUUUGAAGUACUUCCAAGACUUAAUGAGAUCAAGUUCGGAAGUGGUGUUAUAGACGAGCUUUUAUUUCUAGACCUGCCUCGUGAGUAUAGAUUCCCUUCUGGAAUAAUGGUUUUGGAGUACGGACAAGCUGUUCAAGAAAGCAUAUACGAGCAACUUCGUGUGGUUCGUGAGGGUCAGCUCAAAGUUAUUUUCACCCCUGAUUUAAAGAUAUUAACCUGGGAAUUUUGUGCACGACGCCAUGAGGAGCUUCUUCCUCGAAGAUUGGUUGCACCUCAGGUGAAUCAGCUGUUACAAGUAGCACAAAAGUGCCAAUCUACUAUAGCUGAAAGUGCUUCUGAUGGGGUCUCCCAGCAAGAUCUGCAGACAAAUAGCAAUAUGGUUGUGACGGCUGGGCGACUGCUUGCGAGGAGCUUAGAGUUGCAGUCAUUGAAUGAUUUGGGGUUUUCUAAAAGAUACGUUAGGUGCCUACAGAUAUCUGAAGUGGUCAAUAGCAUGAAAGACUUGAUUGAUUUCUGUCGCGACACCAAAGCCGGCCCGAUUGAGGGAUUGAAAAGGUUUCCCAGAAAAACAAACAUGGCCAACUCACAGUCGCAGAAGAUGCAAGAAAUGGAACAGGUAUCUAGUAAGUUAGUGCCAAUGAAUCCAAGUGUCAACGGUUCAUCGGUCAACAAUAGUCAGUACAUGGGUAACCGCAGAGCUUCACUAUGUGGUUCAGCCCAGGCGGCACUUGCACUUCCAAACUACCAGAACAUAAUCAUGAGACAAAACUCGGUGAAUUCAAACGCCCAACAAGAAGCCUCUUCAUCCUUUAAUAUCUCGAACCAAAAUGGAUACCCUUUUCAGGGUAUGGCGGUUGGCGGCUUCCAACAAAGGCCCACGUUACAGGCGCCACAGAGCCACCAGCAGGCACCUCACAGUGGCGGUCAUGCCAUACAACAACACAUGAUUCAGCAACUGCUUCAAGAUAUGAGUAAUGGUGUUGGUGGACAGAAGCCCUCGGUUUCUGGGCAGAGUGCGGCUAGCGAGAGUAUGAGUAUGGGUAGGGAAGGUUUGAGAUACGGGAUCUCUUCAUCAGCAACUUCACCACUGCCGCCAGUUGUGCCAACGAGAAGCAAUAGUUUCAAAGGUGCUUCACACAGUGACUCAUCCGCAGGUAACGCAGGUGUCGGCAAUCCGAAGGCGGCAACCACCAAUUUGCCAAACAUGUGUGAUGAUAGUGUUCUGGAUAUAGCGAGCGAGUUUAUGGGAAAUGGGUUUUUUGACAAUGAUGAAUUGGAGGGAAUUGGUUAUGGUUGGAAGGCAUAAACUUGAAACUUAUGUACAGUGAUAUUGACUGAUCAUAAUAUACCUUAAAUCUCUGCUUUGUUUGUCUUUGCUCAUUUAAAA